AUGUUUAAGACGUCAUAUAACUUGUACGAUUUGAACUAUCCGACAACAAAUUCAUUGACGCCAAUAAGAGACUACAAAAAUGACUUUUUCCAUAAAAAUGAUGACAAAUUACCGGAAAUAGUCAGGAACCCCACGAGAAAGUUAUCCAAACACGAAAAGAAACUCGAUGACAAAAAAUUCACGAAUAAACGACCAGCAAGUCUUGACUUGCAUUCCAUAGUGGAUAGCUUGAGUAACAAAAAAGUUUAUUCUCCUAUCAAUACAGAGAUAUUUCAAAAUGUCGUCAGACUGAAUUUGAGUCCCCAGGUUCCUAGUUCUCCUCGCGAGGGGUGCAAGUUUUAUAAAGUUGUACAGGACCUUUAUCUCUCCGAAAUAGAAUACUACGAUAAUUUGUUAAUUGCAAAUAAUGUAUACAGAAGAGCAUUGAACAUCGAUCCAAGAUUCAAGAAUAAACUUGUCAAGCCCGAUUCAAGUGACGAGUUGUUGCUUUUUGGAAACAUUGACACCAUUGCCUCAAUCAGUAAAAUACUGGUAACAACGAUAAAAGAACUUCUUUUAGUCUGGCAACGUGGGAAAAUGUUAGAUACAAAUGAAUGGGAAAAAAUAUUCACUAAAAGUGAGGUACAACAGCAACUAUAUUCAACUUUUGACAUUUCAGAGGCUUUCGAGCAACAUUUGCUAAGAAUUAAAUCUACUUACACAAGUUAUUUCGUAAGCCACCAAAAACAAAUGGAGUUAUUCACUACAUUAAGGAUGAAUAAAAAUCAUAUUUUUAACAAGUGGUAUGAAUAUUGCUUAAAACAGAGUGGAUGUAUAAAAUUAGAGGAUAUAUUAAAAAGUCCGAUGAGGAGACUGACUCAAUGGAUUGAUAUUUUGGAAACUUUGGAAAGCUGUUACGAAGAUACACUUUCACCACAGUUGGGCUCAAAACUAAUCCCAACAAGGAGAAAAUAUUCUUUAUUCUCCAAUAAGCUAGAAACCGAAGUCUCUGAAUAUAAGAGUAACUCCAUGUAUAACUUCAGUUUAACCCCAUCAGAGAUUAUACAAAGUUAUGAUGAAGACCAGUUUACGCAUCUUUUAAAGCCUCCUGACAAGCAAAAUAGAAAUAAAUGUAAUACCUUUCGACAAGAAGGUGAUCCGGAUAAUAUUAGAGCCCCUUCUCUCCUUUCUGGCUCUUCGAGUUACUACUCAGAUGUAUCAGGUCUAGAAAUUGUUACUAAUACUUCAACUUCCUCAGCUGAGAAAAUAUUUUCAACAAUGGAUGAAGAAACAGAAUUUUUUACAUUGGCUGACCAUAUUAGUAAAUUCAAAAAAGUAAUGAAAAGUUUGCUAGAAUUAGAAAAGAAUUUAUUGAAAAAUAAUUUGUCAGGCAUUAUUGAUUCCAGUUUAAAAAGGAUAAAUGCAUGGAAAAAGGUGAUUGAGUGCGAACGCCCUUCUGGUGCCUUCUUUGAACACGAUAACUUAAUAUCGACCAUGUGUUCUUCAUACAUAGAUAAACUACAUGAACAGAAAAAUCAGGUGACAAUUUUGAAGCUUACAGAGCUUGAAACUGGUGUAAUGAAUCCACUUGCAAGAAUCAUAGCCCAUUGCAAUACCGUUAAAAGUAAACUGAAGGAUUUACAAGCUUUGAAGAAAGAUUACAUGUUAUUUUUACAAGAAAAAAAAGCAAAUUUGCGGGAUGUAAAACGUGACUUGUUGGGAAUGCAUUUCCAAAACCUACAAAACCAAAUGAAAAGAGAGCUGCCGGUUUUCAUUACUUUGAUCCAUAAUACUGUCGAACGUAUUUUGUUAAACUAUAACAAAAUCUUCCUAAAAUAUUUGGAAAUUAUUGCUGGUGGGAAAAAAUACUUGCAAAAGGAUCUUGAGAACAUGUCUUUCAAUGAUUCUAUAGGUACAGGCCAAAUUAAAAAUCUUGAUAUUUUGCAGUGCUAUUCUAAAUCACGAUACAUGACGAAACGCAUGGUAAGAAAAGAUUGGCCUUUCCCUGGAGACCCUAGUGGAAGCCGUAUUGUCAGAAAACUUUUCGAACUUUAG